CCUCCUUUCAGCCAAACUCCCAGGCCAGGCAGCGUCGCCAUACGGAACAUCCUGCCCUCGACGGAGAGGGGGAGGAGAGAGGGUGCAUGACUGUGAGUGAGGAGAGGAAGGAGAGGAGCUCUGGCGUCUCUCGGUGGUAAAUGAUAAGGCUCUGUGAACGCAAACUCCCAGAAACAGCCUGGAGAGAAGCAGGGGGGGAAAGGAGGCCGCGUGGAGAUCGCAGGUGACCGGGAGCGUAAAGUCCUGGAUUUAAGCGCCCGAGCAGAAGGACGGAUGGUUGCGCGGACGGGCGGCGCGCUCUGAAGUUGGUCAGACUGCCCGGGCACCGACACCAAGUCAGAGUGAAAUAGCAACAAGAGAAGAGCCUUCGCCUGUCCCGACCCCCACCCCCUCAGCCUCCACCUCCCUGAAGGCAGCGGCGGCUCCGGGAGGCUGUGCCCGCGCACCUCUACUAUGAAGCUGCCUUUGCUGUUGGCGCUGACGGCGCUGCUCGCCGGCGCUGCCACGGGGCAGACGCAGUCGCCGUCUGUUGACGAUGAAGGCUCAUCGGGAGACAUUAACGACGACGGCGACGACCUGUACUCGGGCUCGGGCUCUGGCUAUUUUGAGAUCACCGUAAGGCCAACAUCAGUGGGUGUGUCCUUCACCACAGAGGAGCCUUUUCUCUUCUCAACCACCCAGGCCACUAGCCCCGCCCCCUCCGCCUCACCUGCGGCAGAGCCCAGCCCCAGCCCAGAGGAUGUCACCAUCACCCCUCUGCCAACAGAGGUCGAUGGAGAGAGCGGAGCCUUCUGGGACAAAGAAAAAGAAAGAGAGAUGGCAGAGAGAGAAAGAGAGAGACAAAUGGAGAAAGAGCGGCAGAGGCAGAUGCAGCGCGAGCGAGAGAGGGAGCAGUUGAGGGAGAUGGAGCGUCAGAGGGAGCGAGAGCUGGAAAGAGAGAAGGAGCGAGAGCGAAUUAGGGCCGCUGCUCAAACUACAGUUGCACCUCGAUAUCCUGGGGUCCUCCCUGUGGUGACCAGCAACCCAACAGCUGGUCCGGGGGAGAGCACAGUGCCCUCUGCUGGCUCAGACGACCUGACCUCCUUCACCAAUGAAGAAGAGGACUUCAGUCUGCCAACCGAGUCCACCUCGACCUCGUACGAUCCCGGUUUUGACAUGGAGAGCACCACAGACGAGGACACGCGCACUACAACAGAGGCCACUCCUGAGCCUACGACUGCUGCACCCACCAUCAGUGCCUCGGUCCCAUUCAGACCCAGAGUUCCUAUCACGACAGCCACCAAGGCGGCUCCAACAGAGAGAACCACGCGGCCUCAGCAACCCACAACGACGCAGGAGGGGACCAAUGAGGUGGGCGCUGUGGGACCAAGUGGAGACUUUGAGAUCCGUGAGGAUAACCGUAACAAUGUCGGCAGGGAACUUCCAGGAGAUCCGGAUUUGAUCGGCAACACCGUGGAUGGAAGCAGCUCGGCUGCGCAGCUGCCACAGAAGAACAUUCUGGAGAGGAAAGAGGUUCUAAUAGCGGUGAUCGUAGGAGGCGUGGUGGGUGCUUUGUUCGCCGCCUUCCUGGUGAUGCUUCUGGUCUACAGGAUGAAGAAGAAAGACGAGGGCAGUUACACCCUGGAGGAACCCAAGCAGGCCACCGUCACCUACCAGAAACCAGACAAGCAGGAGGAGUUUUACGCGUAACACUCGAACACCAGGGAGGCGCAUCGCACACCGGGGGAGAAACAAGCAGAAGAAGAGAGGAAGAUACUCUAUGCGCUCCCCUCCUCCUCUUCCUCCUCCUCCUUUUCCUUCUCUUCUUCUUUGUUGUCCCCCCUCCUCCCCAUCUGCUAGCCUCUCUUCAUCCCUUGUCUCCAAAACACUUGGGAGCGCCUUCCUCUUUGGGGACCUUCUUUUCAAUGAAAAUGAGGAAAAAAGCGAGAAAGAGGGGCAAAACAGAAAAUCCAAAUAUAUUCAGCAAAAAUAACACAUACACACAAGAUGUUUUUAAAGUAAGUGUUGUUAAUAUUCUGGAGAUUCUCUUGUUCUGUAUGUAAUGAUUAUUUUGUAAGAAAAAGCAUUUUUCUCCUAUCCUGUGUUAUCCAAAACGACAAAAAUGUCCCUCUUCGGUUUCUACUGAGCAACCACAACAAGAGAAGAAAGGAUGGGGUGGGGCAGAGCAAGAUGGAGGAAAAAAACAAAUCAAUGGAUGGCUCAACUUUGCCCCUUGUCCCCAGGAAAAAAAAAAAGGAAAAAAAUCUUGCAGAGCAUCUGGUUGGCCGUGCAGAGCCCACAGGUCAAAGGUGAGAGGAAAGGUCGUUUUUGUGCCUUCCGUACCUCUGGUGCUCAAAAAGACACAUACACGCAGCCACAUAAACACGAGCUUGCACGCGCACACUGGUAUCUGCUUGACGGUGGCUCUGACUUCUCGCUCUGCUCGGCCAACCAGACAACGGUGCUCAGCCUUCGCCGUGUUUCACAGUGUGGAGGAGCCAUUGUGGAAACUCCGGCCGGAUUGACCGGCGGCUCCUUUAAGCUGUACAAAGACUAGUUAUGGAUAGUAAUAAUAAUCAAUAAUAUAUCAUCGUUUCUGGGCUGGAUGGUGAAUAAUAAUAAUGAAACAGUAAUAAUAAACGGGAGGAUAUGUAUUUAGCAGUUUAAAAAAAAAGUUUAUGUGUAAAUAUCAGCGUAUUCUUUCCGGCAUCACUAACCUGCAUGACCAUGAAGAGUUUUUAUCCGUCACCCCACUUAAGCUGAGCUGCGCUCUCGUCGCACGGACGCACACACUCCUUCACACACAGCUGCAGACAGGAAACACCGCACAAACUUUGGGUCAUAUCAUCUGAACACAUAUCAAAGCGGACGUUGUCCUUCAGAUGCUGAGCAGUCGUGAUCGACGCCAAAACGCGGUUCUGUUGGGUUGCUAUCAGCCAGUUGUUUGGUGGUUUUAGAGCUUGAUCUGUUUGUGUAAAAGCACAAAUAAAUGUACAGCCAUCAUGUCAUCUGUUUCCAUCCCACCUUGCAUCUCAGACUGUCUGUUUUGCAUGCUUUUUUUUUUUUUUACAUUGACCGUUGGUCGGCUCUGUAUGAGGCGAAGGAGGCCUCUGGCAGGCUGCAGGAAGUUGAUCCCACGUCCACAAACGAUAUCAAACUCAUUUGUUGUUUAAGUUUGGAGAGUAAAUCAUGACCUUCCCCUUCUGUGGGACCACUUUUGAGGGGGGGAAGUGAGAGGCGAAAGGAGGCAUUUAUCGAAGAGAUUGUAACAAUAACCACACCAGUGCGACUGGCAGAGUAGCUUCUCCUAUACUGUAGGAAAAAAAAUGCAUGGGAGUCAAAACUAUAGUCGUCUGGGUGUGUUUGUGUGGCUGGCUGCCUGUGUGUGCUUUUUGUCUGCAUCAAACAAAACAGGGGUGCAGUGAAGUUGAAGUGUCUUGUGGUCGAGAGUGUGUUUACCUUCUCCAGCAAUUCUCACGCUCUUCCACAGACGGGUAACAUACCGUCAAGGCUCCUGUGUGUUUGAUCUCCCCGUGUCAUCCAAGUGAGAAUGUGUCUGCGCCUCAUCUGAACCUACCACCUGUUUGUGUGUCUGUGUGUGUGCGCGCGCUACCUUGGAAUUUCACAGCAGACUCUUGUGUACACUUCACUAGUCUGUCCAAGUGUGUGUGCACAUUUUCUUUUUUUGUCUUUUCACUGCUGAAUGUGGGACAGUCUGUCCCUCACAGUGGCUAUCACACACACUGACUGUGUCUUUUCACUGUCUCUCUGGCUUGUCUACCUGUCUGUCUGGGUCACGACAGACGGAUGGACGCACGAGACGCCGUCGUCUCAAGGGCAGGAAUGAUCUUAACACGUAUUAUCUUUUCUAAAGUGACUGUCAAAAACAAAGUUGUGCGUUUGUACCCAUUUAAGCCUGCGUAGCCAAAUAAAACAAGCGUGUGUGAGAAAGAGGGUAAAUUUGUAGGUGUAUGUAUGCAAGCCUGUAUGUAUGUGUGCGUGAAUCUGUGUGUGUGAAGCCAAGUGAAGGCUACACUUCUCUAUGUUUGCUGUUCCCAUUCCUGUUUUUAUACAUUUGCAUUUUUUUAAGGCUGAGUUUCUGUCAUUGGCUGAGUGGGCGAGAGGAGGCGGAUCCUCCAUGCCACCGCCCUGUCACUAAUCUGCCACUCUGUUCCAAAUAAAAAACCUGAUUGGGUUACAAACUUGUCA